AUGUCUCUGAAUACUCGUAAUAAACGAAAAAGAGAACUUCGAGAAGAACGUGUUUUGCAAGAUGGAUUUAUAUUUCAAUUACCUGAUGAAACAUUGUUGAAAAUAUUUAAAUAUUUCACCACUGCUGAACUGAUUACUGCGGCAGGAAUUUGCCACUGGUUUCGAACUAUCGCAUACGAUUCAGAGUUUUGGACAACUAUUGAUUUAACUACUAAAUCGUAUUCCAAUCGAGAGGUGAUGAAAUUUCUGCAUCGUUUUCCUCGCCAAUGUACAGAAGUUCUGAAACUGUCCGGAGGUUCAACUCAUAUUAAUACUGGCAAGCCGCCACCAUUCACUGAACAACUCAACUCAUUAAUUCACACGUCCUAUCCAAAUCUACGCUAUCUACAUUUAUCGCGUUAUGAUUUUCAUACCAAUCCAAGAGUCAUCGAUAACAUAACUGACUUACCACCCAAUCUGCAAGGUCUUUAUCUAACUAAAUGUGAGAUGCUGGCGACAGAUAUGAGUGGAUCAUCAGCAUUCCUUCAAUCAUCAAACAAACCGGCAAGCCUGGCGUUUCGACAGUUAGAAAUUCUAUCUUUCGAAAACUCUGCUUGUCUUGGUGCAAAAUCGAUUAGUUAUCUACCUGGCCUUUGUCCGAAAUUAGUUGAACUUAAUCUUAAUGGUUGUUUUCGUAUCAUAGCGACACCGAUGUUAAUUGAUACACUUCUUUUCUACAGUAAGACACUUCGUCGACUUUAUCUCGGUGGGACUCGGAUCAAUGAUGACACAAUCCAUUCUCUCUGUCGUAAACUAAAACGACUGAAUAUCCUAGAUAUUAAGAAUUGUCGACACGUUACUAUAAAUAUCGUUGAUAAUCUAUUGACUUUGAAACAGUUGACAACAUUAAUCGCAGAUGAAAAUAUUCGAACUCUGUACGAACAGAGAAUGAUCGGAGAAGACGAAGAAGAGAAACAAGAUUGA